GGAGAGGCAGGGAGGGAGGAAGAGUUUGAACACACUGCAGAGGGAGUGCAGCUAUGGGGAACGCACAGGAGAAGCCUCCGGGCAGUGGAGGAGGAGGAGGAGGAGGAGGAGGAAGACCAGAUCAGGCCACAGCAGGGACCGGGACAAGAGGCCGGAGUGGAGCCGGUGUGGAAAAGCCCCAGACUCAGAGAGCUCCAGGGAAGGGGGUGGCCAAUGGCACUCAGAGGGAAAACAGCUCUGCUGGUGGACAAGGGAAGCAGGACAGCCCUGCGGUGGACACAAGUUAUCUGGACGCCCCUGCUGGCGCUCUUCCUCCUCACCUGGCCCGGCUCAAGAAUGCAGGGAACCACCUCUUCAAACAUGGGCAGUUUGGAGACGCCUUAGAGAAGUACACACAGGCCAUUGAUGGAUGUGCUGAAGCAGGCAUUGACAGCCCAGAGGACGUGUGUAUCCUCUACUCCAACAGAGCCGCCUGUUACCUGAAGGAUGGAAACAGCACAGACUGCAUACAGGACUGUACCAAGGCUUUGGAGCUGCAGCCCUUCUCGUUGAAGCCCCUGUUGCGCAGAGCUAUGGCCUAUGAGUCACUGGAGCGCUACAGAAAGGCCUACGUGGAUUAUAAGACUGUCCUGCAGAUAGACACUGGGGUGCAGGCGGCUCACGACAGCGUCCACAGGAUCACCAAGAUGCUUAUCGAGCAGGACGGACCCGAGUGGAGAGAGAAGCUUCCGGAGAUUCCCACCGUCCCUCUGUCCGUCCAGCUGCAACACAGAGACAAACCGGUCAGCGCCGAAGUGGCUCAAGCCCGAGCCGCCAGGGCUGCGCAGGAGGAAGCCAGAAAAAAAGACGCCCGCUUUACUUUACUGAAACGAGAAGGCAACGACCUGGUCAAGAAAGGCCACUUUCAGGAAGCUCUGGAGAAGUACUGUGAAUGUCUCACGUUGAAACCUGAUGAAUGUGCCGUCUACACAAACAGAGCCAUUUGUUUCCUGAAAUUAAAUCGCUUUGAAGAGGCCAAACAGGACUGUGACUCUGCGCUGCAGCUUGAGCCGAGCAACAAGAAAGCCUUCUACAGACGAGCCCUGGCUUUUAAGGGUUUACAGGACUACCUGUCGGCCAGCAGUGACCUCCAGGAAGUCCUCCAGCUGGAUCCGAAGGUUCGGGAGGCCGAGCAGGAGCUUGAGGUGGUGACGAGCCUGCUGAGACAGAGCCUGAUGGACAGCACUGCACACACACACAGGGUUUAAUGUUUGUGGAGGAAUAUGGAGGCAGAGGAAUGAAGCAGGUGUGGACACGUACUGUACUGUAGCAGCUAUGGAGGAAAAGGACUCUUAAAGCCAUCAACUGAAGUAAGUGAGACCUGUUCAAAUGGAAAUGACUGGCGUUGACUCCGGGGACGGGCUCCUUGGACGACCAGCUUUUCAGCUCUGCACCAUCUGCAACGUGUACGAACCACACACACACACACAACCUUACAUAACAGGCAGCUUUAUUUAAAAAAGGCUAACAUCAAGGUACUCGUGGCCUGCUUUGCACUAUAAAUCAUUCACAUUAUGAUGUAACGUACUGUACAUACAGGUUCAUGCAACAGGCUGCACAGCGCUGUUUUAUGGUGGCGUAACACGGGGAAAGUGUUAUAUGUGUGUAUUAUGUGUGCCUUAUUGAGAUUUUUACCACAGUAAGGAUGAAAUACGCCAAGAUUAAAAGUUUUACUUUGAUGUGUUUGGUUCACUGAGCUCAAGACACAAAGUGCUGACAGAAUCUGAUCCAACUCAGCUGUGUUGUGUGUGAAGAUAAGGAACUCCCAGACAGUUUUAAAAAGUUCAACGACAUCUGGUUCAAUCUUUGUGUAUCCAGGGUUUCAGCUAUUUCAAGAUAUUUGUCAUGUUUACAUGUAUUUUCAGCUGCUAUUAAAAAAGAUAAGCCAACAUCUUACUAAUUACUUACUUACUAAAUAUUUCUACAGCUAAACACCCUCUGAAGUGAGGCGCUGAAAAUACAAUUUAAGAGAAUCCCCACAGUUAAAGGGACAGUUCACCCCAAAAUCAAAAACAUAUUUUUCCUCUUACCUGUAGUGCUAUUUUUCACGUGCAUAUUUUAUCGGCCAUAGAAUUGUCUGCCUUCUCUUGAAUAUAAUGGAUCUAGAUGGCACUGGGCUUGUGGUGCUCAAAACACCAAAAAAACACAUUUGAAAAACGCAUCAGCAAUGUCU